AGCGCUGAUCUUCUACAGCCUUCCUGUGAAUCUACACCUGUUCGUGCCACAGGUACACCACACUGCACAAACCCCCAGCCUACAGCUCACCAUGUCGGACCGAGGAGCCUUUGACACCAAUGUGGUUACAGUGACCAGAUUUGUCCUGGAAGAAGGCCGGAAAGCCAAAGGGACAGGAGAACUGACCACUCUGCUCAACUCUUUGUGCACAGCCAUCAAAGCCAUCUCCUCCGCCGUCCGAAAAGCAGGAAUCGCUAAUUUGUAUGGCAUUGCAGGUAGUACGAAUGUAACAGGAGACCAAGUGAAAAAGCUGGACGUCUUGUCCAAUGAUCUGGUCAUCAACAUGAUAAAGUCUUCCUUUACAUCUUGUGUGCUGGUUUCUGAAGAGGAUGAGAAAGCCAUCAUUGUAGAGCCAGAGAAAAGGGGUAAAUAUGUGGUUUGCUUUGACCCUCUGGAUGGCUCGUCAAACAUUGACUGCUUAGCAUCUAUCGGAACUAUUUUUGCUGUCUACAAAAAGGAGAAUGACAGUGAACCCACCGAGAAAGAUGCUUUGCUGCCUGGUAGACACAUUGUUGCCGCUGGUUAUGCCCUCUAUGGCAGCGCCACCAUGCUGGUUCUCUCUACAGGCCAAGGAGUCAACUGCUUCAUGCUCGACCCUGCUAUUGGGGAGUUUAUUCUGGUGGACCGCGAUGUGAAGAUUAAAAAGAAGGGAAAGAUCUACAGCCUUAAUGAGGGCUACGCUCAGCAUUUUUACCCAGACGUCACCGAAUAUCUACAGAAGAAGAAAUUCCCAGAGGACGGAAGUUCGCCCUAUGGAGGACGCUAUGUGGGCUCCAUGGUGGCUGAUGUUCACCGGACACUGGUCUAUGGAGGGAUCUUCUUGUAUCCAGCUAAUGUCAAGAGUCCAAAGGGCAAGCUGAGGCUGCUGUAUGAGUGCAACCCCAUGGCCUUCAUCAUGGAGCAAGCUGGAGGGAUGGCCACCACAGGAGCCAUGAACGUGCUGGACAUCCAACCUGAGACUAUUCACCAGAGGGUCCCUGUUGUGUUGGGCUCCCCAGAUGAUGUCAAAGAGUACAUUUCUAUUUACAAGAAACACGCCAAGUGAGGCUGCUCAAUCAUCAACCACCAGCAACACUGAACCUCAAAACCAGUGAGACUAAAUCCAAGGCUAGACUAGAGAAUUUCAGUAUGUGGAUGGGUAUGCACGUGCAUGUGUGUGUGUGUGUGUGUGUGUGUGUGUGUGUGGUUGCAAAUGCCAUGUAAAACACUCACCCCUGACUCCAGUCACCCCUGCUUACAUUGAGGACAAUGUAUGUGUGUCAUAACUGGGUAAAUGUAAUAAAAUUGUGAAAAUGUGAAAAAAUGUAAACAUUUAAAAAAAUUAAAAGCUCUGUUUAUUCCA